GUAGUACGAAAUUCAGAAAAUACGUAUAUUAAUAUAAAUAGAUAUAUUUAUUUAUAUUUAUACAUAGCGUGAGAGCUAAAAUGACCAGUUAUGAGGUGCAGCCAAUAGUGAAAGGGACAAGAAAAGAUCCGUCUCUUCGCAAGUACAACAAGGCGGCGGGAAAAGGCCCGUUUGGUGUGUUUCCACCCGGAUACAUGACUAAGAAGCCUACCAAAACCUUGCCUGACGAGCCCUGUGCUGCAGAACAGCCUCCAAAGGUAUCAGCGGUGAGGUUCGUUUAUCAAGGAGUGAAACGUGGCUUUGGUGGUGCAUGUACUUCCCUCCGCAAGGGAAGACCACACAAUACCCCAGAUGAGGCUUUUUCCGUGAAUGGAUCUGGCAAAAGCAAGCCACCAAAGGCGGGUGCAUUUAAGAGGCGCUGUAUCCCACACACUGAAUUCCGUCGUUACUAUGAUCGUGGCGAUCUCCCUGUUUCUAUUGCACAUGGAAGCCGCCCUGCGGUGGAUUGGAAGGUGGAGGUGGAGAAAUUGGAUUACCACCACUAUUUGCCUAUUUUCUUCGACGGCAUUCGUGAAACCGAGGAGCCCUACAUGUUUCUUGCACGCCAAGGUUGCAUGGACCUCCUCGAACGCGGUGGGCCAAAAAUACUUCCAACAAUCCCACAGUUGAUCAUUCCCAUAAAGACUGCUCUCAACACUCGACACCCAGAUAUUAUUUCAGCUACACUGCGUAUUCUCCAGCAGCUUGUGGUUAGUGGUGAUCUUAUUGGUGAAGCUCUUGUGCCAUACUAUCGCCAGAUUCUUCCAAUGUUUAACUUGUUUAAAAAUUUUCACAAGACACGCGCCAAUGGGGACGUCAUUGAUUUUGGACAAAGAAAGCGGGAUGACAUUGGUGAUCUCAUCAACGAAACGCUUCAGAUGCUUGAAAUUCACGGAGGUGAGGACGCAUAUAUCAAUAUUAAGUAUAUGGUUCCUACCUACGAAAGCUGCAUCUUCAAUAAUUAGAUAUUUCAAGGAUUUUGAGGGUUUCAUCUUGUUUAUAGAAGGUUUGCACAGCGACACAUUAUUUAUGUAUUUCAGAAAGUUGCAAUGCAAUUAUGUAAUCUCAUAAAUUGAAGUUAUCCUUUGUCCUUAAA